AUGACCGUCGACAUCACCUCCAAACCCCGCCGCAUAGCCCUCGGCUGCGAAGGCUCAGCCAACAAGCUCGGCAUUGGCGUGAUCCUGCACGAAGGCACACCCGGCACGCCCUCCGAGCGCAUCACAGUCCUCUCCAACAUCCGCCACACCUUCGUCUCCCCUCCAGGCACCGGCUUCCUCCCCAAAGACACAGCGCGCCACCACCGUUCUUACUUCGUGCGCCUGGCCAAGCAAGCCCUCGCCGCCGCGAACGUCACCAUCGACGAAAUCGACUGCAUAUGUUAUACGAAGGGGCCAGGCAUGGGCGCCCCCCUAACAAGCGUCGCCAUCGCCGCUCGUACUCUCGCCCUCCUCUGGGGGAAGGAUCUCGUCGGGGUGAACCACUGCGUAGGACACAUCGAGAUGGGCCGCGCGAUCACGGGCGCCGCACACCCCGUGGUACUGUACGUCUCCGGCGGCAACACACAAGUCAUUGCCUACGCGGAACAGCGCUACCGCAUCUUCGGCGAGACGCUGGAUAUAGCGGUGGGGAACUGUUUGGACCGGUUUGCGCGGGCGCUGGCGAUCAGUAAUGACCCUGCGCCGGGGUACAAUAUUGAGCAGAUGGCGAAGAAGGGGAAGGUGUUGUUGGAUCUACCGUAUGCGGUAAAGGGGAUGGAUUGCUCGUUUAGUGGGAUUUUGACGAGGGUGGAGGAGAUGGCUGCGCUGUUGAAGAAGGGGGAGUUGAAGGGGCCUGAGGGGGAGGAGGUGACGGCGGAAGAUUUGUGCUUUACGCUGCAGGAGACUGUGUUUGCUAUGUUGGUGGAGAUCACAGAGAGGGCGAUGGCCCAUGUGGGCAGUAAUCAAGUGUUGAUUGUUGGUGGUGUGGGAUGCAAUGAGAGGUUGCAGGAGAUGAUGGGUGCUAUGGCAAGGGAUCGUGGUGGCAGUGUGUAUGCCACAGACGAGCGGUUUUGCAUCGACAACGGCAUUAUGAUUGCGCAUGCCGGGCUGCUGGCCUACGAGACGGGGUUCAAGACUCCUAUUGAGGAGAGUACAUGUACACAGAGGUUCAGGACAGACGAGGUGUUGGUCAAAUGGAGAAAGUAA